AUGUCUUCGCCCCACCCUGCUUCAACGACUCAGCAGCUGGCAGACUUGUCGUUGACGGAAGAAGGCGAACAUGAUGAGGGCAAACCGCUUUCUGUCGACUACCUUCAAGGGCAUGGGGAUCUGAUCGAGGAGGUAUUAAAAUGGAGUGAGCAUGAACAAAUCGAUUUUAUGGGCAAAAUAGUUAAUCGAUUAUCACAUUAUCAACUGGGGAAAGUCGAUACAUUUAUAAGGCCCAUGCUUCAGAGAGAUUUUAUCACUAAUUUACCUGCGCAUCUCGUGGAGUUGACACUCUUCAAUGUGAACGCAGAGUCCCUGAAAGCUUGCGAAAAAGUGAGUACAAGUUGGCGAUGUGCAUUGGCUCGUGGACAGCACUGGAAGAAAUUGAUUGAAAAGAAUGUGAGAAGUGAUUCCCUUUGGUGGGGACUUUCUGAAAAAAGACACUGGGAUAAAUUUCUGAACAUUGGCCGAGAAAUGUCAGUUCUCCGUAUCUGUGAGAAAUAUGGUUACGAUCCAUCCGCCAAACGAGAAAAACUCGAACAGCUCAUUUUGAUGCACGUUUUCUACAGCAAGCUGUAUCCAAAGAUUAUCAAAGACAUUCACAAUAUAGACAGUAAUUGGAAACGAGGAAAUUACAAGAUGACUCGUAUCAAUUGUCAAUCGGAGAAUAGCAAAGGAGUCUACUGUCUUCAAUACGACGAUGAUAAAAUUGUAUCGGGAUUGAGAGAUAACACCAUUAAGAUCUGGAAUCGAAAAGACUACACCUGUAGUCGAAUUCUCUCGGGGCAUACCGGAUCUGUUCUAUGCCUUCAGUACGAUAACCGUGUCAUUAUUUCUGGAUCUUCCGAUGCUACCGUUCGUGUUUGGGAUGUUGAAACUGGUGAAUGCAUAAAAACCUUGAUCCACCAUUGUGAAGCUGUACUCCAUCUUCGAUUCGCUAAUGGAAUUAUGGUCACCUGCUCAAAAGAUAGAUCGAUUGCUGUUUGGGAUAUGGUAUCGCCACGGGAUAUUACUAUACGAAGAGUUCUUGUUGGCCACCGUGCAGCUGUGAAUGUCGUUGAUUUUGAUGAUAGAUACAUUGUCAGUGCGAGUGGAGAUAGAACUAUCAAAGUCUGGUCAAUGGAUACUUUGGAAUUCGUGCGAACUCUUUCUGGUCACAGACGUGGAAUUGCUUGUCUUCAGUAUCGUGGACGACUCGUGGUUUCUGGAUCCAGUGAUAAUACAAUUCGGCUUUGGGAUAUACAUUCUGGUGUCUGUCUACGUGUUCUUGAAGGUCACGAAGAACUCGUUAGAUGCAUUCGAUUCGACGAGAAACGUAUUGUCUCUGGAGCCUACGACGGGAAAAUCAAAGUGUGGGACCUUCAAGCUGCCCUUGAUCCACGUGCUCUCGCAACUGAAAUUUGUCUAUGCUCCUUAGUUCAACACACUGGAAGAGUUUUCCGUUUGCAAUUCGAUGAUUUCCAAAUUGUCUCAUCUUCUCAUGAUGACACUAUUCUCAUUUGGGACUUCUUGGACGCACCAGUGCUACAGAAUGCACCCGUCAGAGCCACUCUGCCAGAGCUCCCGAAUCAAGCUGCCGUUGCUCGCGGCCUAAUGCUCUUCGAAAUGGCUGCAAGACGUGAAAUUGAACGUCGUGAUCGAGAAAUUAUUGAAGAACAGCAACCAAGAGUCGUACCUCGUGGCAAUAAUGGUCGUCGAGUCCAAGAAGCAGCAAUGAUUGUAGUUGGUAAUGCAGUCAAUCGCAAUCCCCCCGUAGACAAUGAUGGAUCAUCGUCAGACGAAGAACUUGAACGUGGAGAUCAAGCCCAUCCCCCAGCACAACCGCACAACCAGAAUCAUAGAAGGAGACAGCCAAGACCUGAGCUGCCGGUGAGGCUCAUGCAAGAAAUGAAUGCUGCAUUCGAUUUGCGACGACCGCAUCACAACUUGGACCAUUUAGCUGGUGGAGAUAUAGAUGAAGAGAUGCCUGAAGGCAGACCAUAA